UUCAACUGUUGAAAACGUGAUGCGCUGCAUAGGCUUUCGUCUUGCGCAACACUGGCAAGCGCCACUAAACUCGUGACUUUAUUUCGCUCAGUCGGCAAACAAAAAAACACUUCGCCUCCAAGUCCAGCUUCCUCCCAGACUAAACUUUCGGUUUUAAAAGUGAUACACUUAUGUAACCCCGAGCACCUGAUCUCCGUGUAAAGAAGAGCUCAUACGACGUGCAGUGUAUCCGCCUAUCGAACCGGGCAGGGAUGAAAGGAGCUUGCUCAUUUGUCAGGGAUCAGCUCAAUCACACCUCUUGCUGUUCGGGAAGUAGGCAAACAGCCGCUGCAGUCAGCCCGAAGUGGUGUCUGACUGUGCAGGCUGACCCAAGAUCACCCAAGUGAAGACUGGACUGGAAGAGGGACACCCCAGUGUUUUUGCAAUACAAGGACAAGACGGUGAAAACAAAACCAUGGAAGCCACCAGGAGGAGGAUGAGUCUGAGGGAAGACCUGACCUGCCCCAUCUGUUAUGAGCUCUUCACCGAUCCUGUGAUGCUAGGUUGCAUGCACCACUACUGUAAGGGCUGCAUCACGGCCUUCUGGAGGCGGGCGAGAGGCCCUGUGUCUUGUCCACAGUGUCGCCGCGAGUUCCCCAGCAAGAGCUUCCAGACCAACUACCUUGUGGUGGGCAUGGUAGAGAAAGUCAAGACCAGGAGCACUGAGAGCUACCAGAGGACCAUGCAGAAAAAACUGAAAGAUUCCCUAGAGUCUCAUCUGACCAAGAAGGAGGAUUUCCUAAACAAGAUAAGGCGCAAUGAAGAGAAAAUGGACAUUGUGAAGAGAGCAGGAACUAAGCUGCAGGACAGGGUGAAGGAGGAGUUCCAGGCCUUGCACCAGGUCCUGCUCAGUGAGGAGAUGGCCAUGCUGGAACAGUUGAGGGUGGAGGAGGAGAAGAUGCUGGGGGAGCUGGGCAGACACCUGGAGGAGCUGAAAGGGGCCGUGAGGAACCUGGAGGAGAGCAUCACAGCGUUGCAGCAGAACAUUGAUUCCAUGGAGAACAGCGGGCUGGAGGAGAUUCCAGAAGGUGACCCAGGCCCAGCACUGCAACUGAACAACGAACCGGAGAUCGACGUCGAGCGUGAAAAUGGCAAAUACCUGGGUCCGUUACAGUACAUGAUCUGGAGGAAGAUGUAUAAGCUUCUAAAACCAGGGCUGGCUCGGCUGACCUUUGACCCGGAGACUGCCCACCCUAACCUGCUUCUGUCCCGGGACCGAACGGCGGUGGUGGAGUGCGACGAGGUGCAGCUGUACGAGCCCAGCCCCAGGCGCUUCAGCCAGUGCGUCAACCUGCUGGCGGCUCAGGGCUUCGACUCCGGGAGGCACUACUGGGAGGUGGGGGUGAGGGGCAAGACCAAGUGGGACCUGGGGGUGGCGCUGGAGUCCGUGGACCGCAAGGCGCGGGUCAAGCUGUGCCCCGAGAACGGCUACUGGACGCUCCGCCUGCGCCGCGGGCGCGAGUACUCCGCGGGCACUCAGCCGGGGACCCCGCUGCGGCUCACCGGCGCCCCCUGCAGGAUCGGCGUCUUGCUGGACUGCGAAGAGAGAAGGGUGUCGUUCUACGGCGCCGACGACAUGGUGCUCCUCUACUCCUUCGUGCGCGGGCCCCCGGGGAAGGUCUAUCCCUUCUUCAGCACCUGCUUCAGCGACCGAGGCCAGAACGCGGCCCCCAUGCGGCUCCUCAGUCUGGAUCUGUAGUCUCGCCCGCCGGAUGCAUCCUCCGGUACUGUUGAUAUUUCUGCACACAUGGCUGGGCUGGGAUUACUAGUUACACGCCUAAAAGAAAUCCCACAAUUGCUACCUUUUUGGAAAAUGUUUCAAGUGCACAUCCGUUGCCAUCCCUGAUUAAAACUCGAUUUAAGCAGGAUUUGACCACAGCCACAGCCUGCAUUGAAUGUGGUGUCAAAUACUGCACUCGAGAAAGCAGGCAUUGCGUGUUUCUCAUAUUCAGACUUUGUUCCCUUUGCACUGUCGACAUCAGGAUAUGUUUUCAUCUUGGGUACACGCUCCUUGGCACUCCUGAAACUCUAGUUAUGUCUGUGUGAAGCAAGGAUCUGAGGCAGUGUUGUAUCACCAACUAUCCACAGAGAGUCUGGAUGGCUUUGAUACUGCCCAUCUUUAUAAAAAAUGUGACAUUGCACAACGUAAUGUUACUUUUGUCAGUGUACAGGGAACUACGUGUUAUAUUUGAAAUAUAGAUUUAAUCGGUAUUUUUCCACAACUUUAAGUGUUAAGUCUUCCUGGAAUAAAUGCAUGACUUGACAUUUUAUAGCUAUGAGAAUGAUAAUACAGUUUUUUGAUGACACUUUAGAUUAGGGGUUGCAUAUGUCAUUUAUAAAGUUUGAAUACAGUGAAAAAUGUGAUGGUAGCCAGCCUCUGCUAUGGUUUAGUUGAAUGUAGCAAAUCUAUAAUCCUGACCGCUACAUGAACCAUACCCCUGGCACUGAUAAUUGAGUUAGGACAAGGCCAUAAAUAAUCUGUUGCUAUCAUGUUAGUAGAUCAUUUAUAGAUGAUUUAUAGAUGGUUAUAAAGAAUUCCAAAAUUUAAGUGUUUUAUUAGCAUGGAGAUCUAUGUGUAUUACACAUUCUGUGUGCACUGGAAGCUGAGUAUUUCAGUGCUGUUAAAAAUGAAGUAAAAAAUAUAAGCUGCUUCAUUUCUGUGAGCUUUUUCAUAGUCACUUAGAAAUGGGUAUUAUUUUUUAGCAUCUGUACCUUUGUAAGGAUUGUAAGGAUUUGGGGUUAUUUCUUUCUCCCCACUGAAUAUAAGUUUUAUAAUGCUGAUAUAAUUGUAACAUUCUCUCUUCCAUGUCUUGUCACUUUUCAGUUUGUCCUCAAUGUUUUGAACUGUAUUCCACACCAAUUUGUUCAAUGCAACAUGGACAACAGACGCUGUAGUCUAGGCAGAGUCCUGUUCAGCCUUUUUGGGAUAUACACAGAAUUCUACAAAUGUUCAUUUUCUCUUAAGGCAUAUGCUGUUACAUUGCUGAUGUAUUCUGAGUUUCCUCAGUGUUUUUUCAGUUAUCAAUCAGUAUUGCUUAUUAAAGAAAUAAAGCUUGAAUCCCUGAUCAUUUCUAA